UUCAGGAGGAGAACCCGGAGUUCUGGAGGUCUCAGGCUCGGGUCACUUUACAGUCGGUUCUGGACAGGAAGCUGAACACCAACGUGGCCAAAAACAUCCUGUUCUUCCUCGGAGACGGUAUGGGGAUCACCACCUACACGGCGGCUCGGAUCCUGAAGGGUCAGCUGCAGAACCAGACAGGAGAGGAGACGGUGAUGACCAUGGACACUUUCCCUAAUGUGGGGCUAGCUAAGACCUACAGUGUGGACUUCCAGAUAGCUGACAGUGCAGCUACAGCCACAGCGUACCUCUGUGGAGUGAAGACCAACCUGAACACCAUCGGGGUCAGUGCCGCCGCUCGCAACGGAGCCUGCAAGACUCAGAGAGGAAACGAAGUGACGUCCAUCCUGAAGUGGGCGAAAGACGCCGGAAAGUCCGUGGGCAUCGUGACGACCACGCGGGUGCAGCACGCCACGCCGGCCACCAGCUACGCCCACAGCGCCAGCAGGAAGUGGUACAGCGACGCCGACAUGCCCGAAGCCGCCAAGAAGGACGGCUGCACAGACAUCGCCUCCCAGAUGCUCAAAAACACCGAUAUAGACGUGAUAAUUGGAGGUGGUAGAAAGUACAUGACCCCGAGGGGCACCAAGGACCCAGAAUACCCCGCAGAUUUCUCCUCCAGGGGCAAAAGGAAAGACGGACGUAACCUCAUCGAUGAGUGGCAGAAAAUGAAAAUCGGAAAGGUCGCUCGCUACGUGUGGAAUCAAACAGAUUUCAGUGCUGUUGACCCUGAAACCACUGACUACCUCAUGGCUCUGUUUGAACCCGGUGAUUUGCGCUUCGAGGUAGAACGGGAUCCCAAAAUGGACCCGUCCAUCGUGGAGACCACAGAGAAAGCCAUCCGCAUCCUCCAGAAAAACCCCAAAGGCUUCUUCCUUUUAGUGGAGGGGGGGCGUAUCGACCAGGCUCAUCACGCCGGACGGGCCUCCAUGGCGCUCCAUGAGGCGGUAGCUCUCGAUUACGCCAUCGCAAAGGGCCUUGAACUCACCAACGAGGAAGAGACUCUCACUGUGGUGAUGGCCGACCACUCACACCCUUUCACCUUCAACGGAUACCCAUUCAGAGGGCAGAGCAUUCUGGGUAAAUCUCCGCUGUGGGCCCAGGACAUGCUGCCCUACACCACGCUGAUGUACGGAAACGGACCCGGACACAAACUCACCAACGGCAAACGGCCAGACCUCCGUAACGUGGACACCAAAACUAAGGACUACGUUCAGAUGGCGGCAGUCCCCACAGAUUCGGCCACUCACAGCGGGGAGGACGUGGCGGUUCUGGCUCGCGGACCCAUGGCCCACCUCUUCCAGGGCGUCCAGGAGCAGAACUACAUCGCCCACGCCAUGGCCUACGCUGCCUGUGUGGGAGCCGACCUGAGGCACUGCCAGGCGCAAACUGUGGCCCCCGCUCUGCAGACCACCUUCACUCACGCAGGGAACUCAGCAGGGGGGAUUCAGGACUUCACCAUGCUCAGCAGCCUCCUCAGUGCACUGAUGGUGGUUCUGGUGCUCAUGUAAGGUCCACUUUUCCUCAGGGAUGAGAACUAAAGACCGGAGAUUAGUUAGAAUGUUAUCAUUUCCGGAGGUUUCCUUGUCUUAAAUUCAGCAUUUUUUUAUUAGAUGUGAUUUUUGGUUAGAUGUCUGAAAUAAGGUCUGUGGUUAACACCAUUUCCACUGACAUAUUGUAUCACACACACACACACACACACACACACACACACACACACACACACACACACACACACACACACACACACAGGUUUCCUUGUCUUAAAUUAAACGUCUUUUCAUUGGAUGUGAUUUUUGGUUAGAUGCCUGAAUUAUCCAAACAUUUGGACUACCUAUGUUGCAAAUGUAUUAUCUUUUCAAUUUACACACGGCAUCUAUUGCACGUAUGUCCGUCCUGGGAGAGGGAUCCCUCCUCUGUUGCUCUCCCUGAGGUUUCU